UGACUGGUUCAGUGCGAGCACCCUAGGUGGGCCGGUAGUACAUCACACAGACUUCGCUAGUCACAGAGACUACCAGCGCAGUGCGACCAGUCACUGCUACCUCUGACGUCAUCAUAUCCCAACACACCGGACGCGGUGUAUAAAACCACUCGCGCCUGGCGCUUGGCAGCCACAUUCCAUCUUGGGACGAAUCGAACUGAGGAACACAACUUUUCGCUCCGAAGUUGCCAAUCUCAUAGGAUUUGCGAGAGGAAAAAAAGUCUGCGACCGGACAACAUGCUGACAAGCGUGUCGUCGGCAAACGCCACUUCUCAGCACCGAGCAUCCGAAACAAAGACGGCCGAGGCAAUGCAGCAGGCCCAGAGUCCGCCGACCUCCACGGACGGCGGCGGCGACGAGGUCGCGCCGCGCACCCACCACACCCGGACCCGCCUGCGGCCCUGGCUGGAGGGCCUCAUCAACGAGGGUUCGGUCAAAGGCUUGGAGUGGAUCGACAAGGAGAAGAAGCUCUUCAAGAUCCCCUGGAAACACGCCGGGAAACAGGACUACAAUCAGGACGAGGACUCCAAGAUUUUUAUGCUCUGGUCCCUGAACACGGGCAAGUACAAGCCGAGCAUUCACGUGCCGGAGCCGGCGGUGUGGAAGACUCGGCUGCGGACGGCGCUCAACAAACUCCCGGACAUUGAGGAGGUCCAAGAGAAGACGCAACUCGACAUCCCCGAACCUUACCGGGUCUACCGGUUCCUCCCCAAGAAACCAGCAUCCGGCCCAGUGAAGAGAGUCAUGCCCACCAGCCCAUCGUACGUUCCUGUGGAUCACCACAGGAAUUAUCCAGGGGGUUUCUCAUCUGGUAUUAACAUGAAUCAGCAUUUGAAUUACUACUAUCCUGGCCAGGCAGCACAGCAAAAUUACCAUCACCAUGGAGACACUUGGUUUAACACGGGUCCAACUUCUGGUAUGGAGCCCAGCUUCAACUAUGGGAAUUACAUAUCACCAGGCUACCAACCUGGCAGCACUGUUUCUGAUGAUCCGCUGUCCAACAUCAUUGACGUCAUCGAUGGAGAUAUGCGUGGUCACCAUGGCCACCGCCAAUUAGGACAUCACUACAAUGGUCACGUGUACGAUCAGGAGGACGCCCUCGCGAUGGAGCAAACUCGCAUCACCAAAUUGGACAGUGUUGGUGUGACAGCCGAGGCCCUGGUCAAUAAUAAUGAUCCUCGACACGUCAACUACCAAGACCUGGUCCCCAUAACGACCGUGACGUCAUCCACGGGCUACACGACCUGCCCGGCCACAGCCACGGCAGCCGUCUCCUCCAGCAAGUCCAACCCGCCGCCGAGCUACGAGAGCGCCCUGGCCAACCCGCAGCCCUUCGCCACCACCUGCGCCGUCACUAUGGCCACGGAGUCCGUCAGCAUGGAUACCACCGACAUGGCCAAUCACCAUCUGCAAACCCAGCAGCACCAGCAGGAGCAUGCGCACGAGUUCUCCCCGUCUCAUCAGCCCAAGCGCAUGCGCUCCUGUUCGGAGCCCACUUUACCAGAUGAGCACGUCAUGUCCAUCCAGAUCUCGUACCGGUCCACCGACGCCGGCUACCGGUGCGUGGAUAACCCCAACGGCUGCGUAUUGUACUUCAACCAGCCGUGGGAGGAAGGGAUUCAGCGGGGGAUGGAGCCCAUCCACCUGCCUGAGAUUGGAACGGUGCCCGCCCACCCUGACAUGACCGAGAACCAGGCACGUCUGACGGCCCAGGUCCUCGGCUGCUUCGAGCGAGGAAUGAGCCUGGAGUGUCGUCACGGCAACAUCUACGUCACGCGGCGCUGUCGCAGUGUCGUCUUCUGGUGCUCCCCGAACGCCAACGAGAAGCCGACGAAGCUGGAGCGAGACAUGGAGGUCAAAGUCUUCGAUCUGGACCAGUUCCACGACCAGCUGCGCCGCUACCUGCUCGGGGAGGACGCGCCGCCGAUGGUGCCCAAGAUCUACUUCACCGUGGCGCAGAAGUGGAGCGCACUGGACAUGUCCCUCCACGCCUGCCUCAUCUCCAUCGUGGUCACGCCGCUGAGGGCGUCCGAGGAGCUGCGCACCAUCAGCCCGGAUGCCCACUCCUUGCCGGGAAGCAUCCACAGCGGUUUGCUGCAGAUCUCAGGGGCGGGGUCGGACUGUGCCUCGCCCUUCGGCAACUCGUGGAACGAUUUGGCCCAGAGCUGCCGCAGAUCGAGUGCUGUGGUGUAACAUCCCACCCCCUCCCCCCUAAAAAAAAUCAAUGAACCUUGACCUCAGAAACUGUAGCUGUACAUUUUUUUUUGUAUUUUAGAAGUAUGUAUUAUAGCUUUGUAGAUAUAGACCUAUAUACUCGCUGAGGCCAAUAAGGUUUACUGGAAAGACUUAGCUCAGGAAAAUAUGAAAAUGCAUAAAUCGAAUGUGCCGGUCAGUUUCUGAUGCAAACGGAUACCGUACUUGGGCCCUAUUUCAAGGCUCUGCUGUAGACAAAUCCGGCACGUGAUCACAGCUGUACGUGGGCCCCCUUCAAUGGAGAAACCACUGUGCACGCUAUUGUGCAAAGCAUUGUUUUCGCCAUUGAAGGGGGCCUUCGUGAUAGAAUUGACACCGUGCCCGGAUUAUUCUAUACCUUGAUCUUCACUAAAAGCUGUUAGCAAGGAAUGUUGGCUUCUUCGCACGGCGCUCACAGAAUUUUCACGGUAGCUCUGUGAAGACAUCAAAAUAUUCGCAGAAUCAAAAAAAUCGGGCCUUGGUUACCCAAAAAUGACUGAUGAUGGCGCUGUUCAUAAUUAGCUUGUCGCUUGUGUGUGGUGCUUUCGUUUCAAUCAUUCACUGGCUAUAUAUAAUUAAUCUUUUUGUGACUUAAUUGUUGCAAUAUCCAUUAGGCUACUCUCUUGUCAACAUUUUUUGUUUAAGUUGGAACACCUAACCAUCUGCUUUGCCUUGUUACGUCACUAUAAAACGGUGGUUUUGGAGCGGGUAAUCCUUAUCAAUCACAGACAUUCCCUGACAGUCGCUGACAUCAUCGCAGACAAUUGCCGACUCCAUUUUACCAUUCCUGUUGCGAGUUCCUUAUACAGUCUGGUGUCGUAAGCAGUCUUAGUACACCGAAUUCAAUGAGACAUCAUAAUAACUUUGCAAGGAACAAAACCUGUAAAUAUUUUUUUUACAAAUAUUUCUACAAACUGAUAUGUAAAUGAUCCAAUGAGUGGACUUUUGUAAAUACCUAUUUUUCUGCAUCAUUUACACGGUGGUCUUUUUUAUACGCAGUUAUCUUGCUGGUUUUUUUUAUACUGAUGUAAAUAAUUUCUUUCUAUGCCAACAAAAUCAAGCGAACAUAACCUCGAAUUUUAACCGUUUGAACGCACGCAACAGCUAUGCCUAUACAUUGCCUGAUAUGCCUUUAUAGAUAUUAUUUAAUCCUUAUUUCUGAAUUGAUUUAAUAUUCUUUUAUUUAUCAAGUGAUUGUUUUGUAUUAGAAACGGAUGAUGCUGGCCAUUAAAGAUCAGUUAUUUGUACAGAAAUAAAGUGUGUUCUGAUACCUAGUUUUUUUUUCAGUGUAAAACUGUAUGUUAACAAUAUAGAGUAUU